AUGCAAAAGAAUACAUACUCUACAAAAACUUCAAAAAGAAGAAUACAUCACCAUAAUCAAGAUCACCCUGCAAGACCAUCAAAUCCUGCUAUGAAUUUCCCAUGUCUUGACAGACUACAAGCCAAAACAGAUUUGUUAAAUUCUGGUCAAACCCCAACUAAUUCAUCAACAAACACAGAAAUUAAAACAAAUCAAGGUCCAGAACCGGUCUAUUCAAGAGUUCAAUCGGGAUUUAAGAAAUAUCAUAGUGAUUCUCCAUUAUUCUUAGACUAUGGUGGAUUUUUACCAGAGUAUGAAAUUGCUUAUGAACAAUGGGGGACAUUAAACCCUAAUAAGUCAAAUGCAAUCCUGCUACAUACUGGUCUUUCAGCUUCUUCUCAUGCAAAAUCACAAGUUGAAAAUACAAAACCAGGUUGGUGGGAAAAAUUCAUCGGUCCUGGAUUACCAUUAGAUACUGAUAAAUAUUUUGUCGUUUGUACAAAUGUCAUUGGUGGUUGUUAUGGUUCAACUGGUCCAUCUUCAAUAGACCCUUCAGAUGGAAAGCAUUAUGCAACAAGAUUCCCAAUCUUAUCAGUUAAUGAUAUGGUUAGAGCUCAAGAAAGAUUAAUGAGGGAACAAUUUGGCGUGGAGAAAUUAUAUGCAAGCGUUGGUUCUUCAAUGGGUGGUAUGCAAUCAUUAGCUUAUGCUCAAGAGUUUCCUGAAAAAGUUGAAAAAAUUGUUUCAAUUUCAGGUUGUGCAAGAUCUCAUCCUUAUUCAAUUGCUAUGCGUCAUGCUCAGAGACAAGUUUUAAUGUCUGAUCCAAAUUGGAAAAGAGGCUUCUAUUAUGAUUCAAUCCCACCUCAUGUUGGUAUGAAAUUAUCAAGAGAAAUUGCAACUGUUACUUAUAGAUCUGGUCCUGAAUGGGAAAUUAGAUUUGGUAGAGAAAGAGCAGAUCCAUCACAAAAACCUGCAUUGUGUCCAGAUUUUCUGGUGGAAACUUAUUUGGAUCAUCAAGGUAAUAAGUUUUCUUUAGAAUAUGAUCCAAAUUCACUAUUGUACAUUUCUAAAGCCAUGGAUCUUUUCGAUUUGGGUAAAGUUAAUAGGGAUCUAGCAUCAAGCAAAAGACAAGAAGCUUUUGAAAGAUAUGAGACAGAAGAAUAUGAAGAAUUCGCUGCCUCUUGUGCUUCAAGUUCUGUUCCUGAUGGUGAAUAUAAAGUUAAACCAAAAACUAGAACAAUAACGAAACAAGAGUCUGAUGAUGAUUUACUACACGGUUUGAAAACAUUUGCAAAUAAACAAGUUUUGGUUGUUGGUGUCAAAUCUGAUAUAUUAUUCCCACAUUGGCAACAAUUGGAAAUAGCAAAUAUGUUGAAGAAUGGUAAUAAACAAUUCUUUGGUGGUGAUGGUUCAAAUGUUCAACAUGUUGAAUUGGGUGAAGACAUUAGUAUGUAUGGUCAUGAUACUUUCUUGUUAGAUGUUGAACAUGUUGGUGGUCCAGUUAAAAGAUUUUUGGAUUGA